CUCUCUCUCUCUCUCUCUCUCUCUCUCUCUCUCUCAGCCUCUGUUCUUGUGAGUCCGAAGCUGCUUCUUCUCUCACUCUCUUCUGUUUUCAUUCCUUGUCUCUCUAGUUUCUCUAUCAACUUUCUCAGCAUCCGAACAGUCUGCCGCAACAUCACCGCUUCAGAUAUCUCUGUUCCUCGCAAAACCUUGCAAUUUCUUUCUUACUCUGCUAUUUCUGAGUCAAUUCAUACUCUGAAAGUUUUUCUCUGUAAAACCAAUUCCAUACCUUUCUUGUUCUCGGUGAAUUUUAGGCGAUUUUCUGCUAUAUUCUUCCUGAACUUUUUUUCAGGCUUCAAGUUGUUUCAAUUGUCUUUUCGAUCUGUGGAUCGAUUAAUUUUAGGGUUUCUGGAGGUGAAAACUGGAGAUUUGGUGGAUAUAAUGAAGAAAGAGUUCGGUGUUUCUUUGUUUUGUUUGGAUGGAGAGACGAGUUUGUGAUUGUGCUGAACUGUUUGGAAAAUCAAUUUGGAGCUUUGGAGAAAGAAGCAGCUCUAAUUUAUGAACAGUUUGUGUUAUAUUUAUUCUGGGGAACAGAGUGAAGAUAAAGCAGUUGUUGUUACUACGAAUUGAAGUUGUGUGCGCUAAAGGAGAAAGUGGGAUCGAAUUCAAACAGAAUAGGAUGGUUUCAGAAGCUAUGGCUAUAGAGGAUCAAAGUGGAGCUACCUGGUCAGACAUGGUUCUUCCUACAGGCAAUUGUAUUUCAUUGGAUGCUGGCCCCAAUUCCUUAACUGGCAUCCAGCUGAAGGAGCAGUUUCCUACUAGGGAUGACUAUGCUCCAAAGGUGAGAAAACCAUACACAAUUACAAAACAGAGAGAAAGGUGGACAGAAGAAGAGCAUAAGAAGUUCCUUGAAGCUUUAAAGCUGCAUGGUCGGGCUUGGCGAAGAAUAGAAGAGCAUGUGGGUACCAAAACUGCAGUUCAGAUUAGGAGCCAUGCUCAAAAAUUCUUUUCUAAGGUUUACUGCUGUUCCUCCAUGUCCAUUAUCUAUGAUUACAUCUCAAUGCUAUAUUUUGAAUUGGUUCGUGAGAGUAGCAACGAUGCAGUGAACUCCAUUGAAAUUCCUCCUCCUCGUCCAAAGAGGAAACCUAUGCACCCAUAUCCUCGUAAAUCGGUACCGCCUGUUAAAAUUGGAACCCUGUUUCCAGAUCAAGUAAGAAGUUCAGCAUCUCCAAAUUUGUCAAUUUCAGACCAAGAGAACCAGUCUCCAACUUCAGUAUUGUCUACAAUUGGUUCAGAUACACUGGGUACUACAGAAUCGAAUACCCCAAAUGGUAGUUUAUCACCAGUUUCGUCUGCUGCUGAUGUAAACCCCUAUGGCUUCUUACUCGAAACCAAUCGAUGUUCAGAAGAAAACGGAUCUCUUUUGCCAGUCCAAGUAGCUGCUAGUUCAGGCUCGGAUGAGGAAGUUCCCGUGAAGGUGGAAUUGCUUGACCAAGACAAUGAUUUUGUUAAAGAAGGUUCAGCUGAUGUAGCAUCUAUGCAGAGCCUGAAACUUUUUGGAAAGACUGUAUUAGUUACAGAUUCUUGCAGACCAUCUUCUCCAACCAUGGGAGCUUGCAAGUCAGCAUCUCCAGACACGAGUGAUGGGAGACCUGUGCAGACAUUGCCAUUAAGUUUAGUGAAUACGGAACUGGUACACGGUAACACUGAAUGUACAUGGAGUCCAAUGCAUGGAGCACCUGCAGCACUCUAUUACACGCAGUUUCCAAAUAAAAAUUCACAUCCACCAGAAGCUACUUGUGGUUCUCUGCCAUGGGCUUUUAGUGGAGGGACAUCAUUUUACUCCCUUCAACCACAGAAGCCAAUUCCAAUAAAACCACAUCCAUUCACUGAUAGUAGAGAAACCCAAAACUGUGCUAUUCAAAAGGAAGGAUUUUGGACUGGUUCGAACACUGGAUCAGCAAAUGCGGAGGAAGAUGGUAAUAAAAAUUGGAUGGUGGAGACCCAAAGUUGCCUAGAUUCUUUUGAAAGGGAGUUCCUGCGUAAACCAGCUGAGAAAGAGCCAAAAGCCAGUGCUGGCAGUUUCACGAGGGGCUUCGUGCCCUACAAGAGAUGUAUAGUGGAGAGAAAUGCCCAGUCGUCGAUGAUAAGUGGUGAAGAGAUGGAAGAGCAUAGAAUUCGCCUUUGCUUAUAGUGGUCUCAAUGGCAAAUUCUUGCAGUACUUUCUUUCGAUGACACAGAUUUUUGACAGGUUGUGGAGUUGAUACAGGUACAUAUAAUGGCAAUUGCGCUUUCAGCUGAUGAUACUACAAAGCUAGGGGAUUAAUGGUCGGGUUAAAUAACCCGUAUCUUCGGCUUUGCAAAAUCUCAUCUCCUCGUCUUUUUUUCUCUUCAACCCGUUUAGCUCUGCUGUUCUGACUUGGUUUGUAAUGCUUCAUAAGAAUUAUUUUUCUGCAUCUCAAGUAGAUCAAACUUUUACAUCCUUUUGUAAUUCUUUUCCUAAUUUCUAGACUGGAUUAUCAAUUUUUUUUUUUUUUUUU